UCAAAUCUCAAUUCCAAUUCUUUUUUAAGAAAAACCAUAUAAUCCGCCAUGGUUGUUCUGUCUCAGCCUGCAUUGGAUUUAGCCAAAUAUUCUCUUCUCCGAGCAACAUGUAAACCCGCCGCCGCGGAUAUUCCGGCAAUCGACCUCGCAGACCCUGACGCCAAGUCCCACAUCGUGAAGGCUUGCGAAGAAAUUGGCUUCUUUAAGGUGGUAAGCCAUCGAGUUCCCAUCGAAUUGAUGACCAAACUGGAAGAUGAAGCCCUCCGUUUUUUCAGUCUUUCUCAGGCUGAGAAAGAUAAAGCUCGUCCCCCUUACCCUUUAGGCUAUGGCUCCAAAAAUAUCGGCCCUAAUGGUGAUAAGGGGUGGAUUGAAUAUCUCCUCCUAAAUGCAAAUCCUCUCCCUCUUUUCGCCCCAAACUCCGAAUCUUUAAUCGCUGCCGUGAAGGAGUACGUGACGGCGGUGAAGAAGCUGAGCUGCGAAGUGGCGGAGCUAAUAGCAGAGGGGUUAAAAAUCGAGCCACGAAACACAAUAAGCAAGCUUCUAAAUGAGGAGAAAAGCGAUUGUUGUUUCAGAGUGAACCGGUAUCCGCCGUGUCCGGAGCUCGAAGCUGUAGGUGGAAAAAGCACGAUCGGGUUCGGGGAACACACGGACCCACAAAUCAUAUCACUGUUAAGAUCAAACAACUCGACCGGUCUACAAAUCUGCCUGAGAGACGGCGCGUGGGUUUCAGUGCCACCGGACGCAACGGCGUUCUUCGUGAACGUCGGCGACGCGCUGCAGGUGAUGAGCAACGGCAGAUUCCGAAGCGUGAAGCACAAAGUGGUGGCGGAUUGUAACAACGAGAGGGUUUCAAUGAUUUACUUUGGAGGGCCGGCAUUGAGUGAAAAGAUUGCGCCAUUGCCACAGAUUUUGGGAGACGGAGAAGAGAGUUUGUACAAGGAAUUCUACUGGAAGGAAUAUAAAACGGCGGCGUACAAGACUAGAUUGGCUGAUUACAGGCUUGGCCCCUUUGAGAAGAAUCAAAAUUCGGAGCGGUUUUAAUUCCAUUCCAUAAUUGGAAACUCGUGCUAGCUUUCAAAUUCUGUUUUAAUCCCAUUUUUUAUUUGCUCAA